UUAAUAUUUAUAAUAAUAUUAUAGUCAGGGUCUUGCUCCCGAAUUAACCAGAACCCCAAACACCCCUAAAAAUUCAUAAAAAAAUCAAUCAAUCCAUGUAAUCCGAAUGAUUCUGUUUUCAAAACACCCGAAUUUACAAAAACCCGAAUGACUCCGAACCCGUUUUUACAUUUUGUAAAAUCGCAUAUAUAGUUUCAAAUGUUUUAAACCUCACAUAUUUAUUCAAUACAUUUUAUGAUUUACUGACAACCAAUUUGCCUAUAUUUAUUGAAAUCCUAUUUAUUUUACCUGGAGCUUCUUUAAGUGAAAUGGCUUCCAAAGUGUGGUUACUAGUUACGAAAAUAAUUAUAAAAUAUACAUUUUAUUUGCUUAAAGGCAAUUGCUUCAUUGUGAUAGCAAGAAAAUCAAUCACCACUUACCAUUAUGUUCACAACUAUUCUCCACAAACAUAAAAAGUAUACAAUUUUGAGAAACAUAGAUCAUUUUUUUCCGGAAAUCACUGUUCACGGGAUCACGGAGCAGUGUAGAUCCACCUUAAAAGCGGUUUUUCGCUUAACAUGUUUGCCAACUACAACACGGUAUCGUGGUUAAUCGUGUGGUAACUUAACAUAACCAACCAAUCACAGCAAAGGAUUUGUAUGCACGUACACGCGUACGGGUAUAGUGGAAACUCGUCUUAAAAGUGAUUAGUAACUGCAGUUACCAGACGAGUAGCAGUAACAAGCAGAAAAAAUAAGUUACUGAGUUACCGUUUUUUUUUUUAGAAACAUCGAUUUUAAUUUGUUUAUGUUAUUUUUUGGUUAUCAACACGAAUCGGUUAUAGUUUUUAAUAAAAGUUACCCAUAUAUGCAGUGAGUUACCAUCGGAAUAUUGGAAUAACAGACAACAGUUUUAAUUGGGCAUUUAUCAAAUCAAAAAAAUACCAACGAAGAAAUUAAUUUUAACAAUGGAAAACAGAAAAAAUGAUGUAAUAGAGUACCUACUGACGAAUGAUGAAAAAGAAACUGGUAAAGUAAUGGUUGUUUGUAACGAUAGUAAAAAUAUCAAACUUUAUUUUAUUAAAAUAUUUAUCACGUCAUAGUUAUUAUUUAAUUAAUACAAAUGUUAGGACGGUCGUUUAGGCGUUUCAUUCGGGCGGUCGCGCCGAUCAGUCGGUCACGUGACUAAAUAUUUUUGUCGUACUCUCAGUAAAUAACUUCAAAAAAACCUGUUACAUAAUCCCUACCUAUACAAUUAUAACGAUGCACCGGAGAUGCGUUACCGCGCGCCCACCACAAUACCACAUUGAGAUUAGUGACGGUCGCACGUAAGCACGUGGUAUCAUCGUUGGCGCAGCGUCAUAAUAUUAUUCAGUACGAUAAAACCGUUCACAUCAUCGGCACAUCGGUACGGCGACGUUUAUUCAAUACACCAGACCCACAGAGACCGCUUGUUCCGUCGUUUUCCCCGGCUACGGUGGGGGAUCAUCGCUGCCGCUACGACAACACGAUGUGUAAGUCUCGCAUGGAUUACCUGAGCACGGUCGUGUUCCCGCGGGCCGCGGCCGACGGGGCAUUCGGCCCGGGCGCCGAGUACGUGUCGUUCCGUGCGGUCGACUGCGGCGGCGCGAUUUUGGACGACUACCAGUUCGCGUCAGACAUCGUUUUCGGCACGGUCACGUUGACCGGGUCCGAGUGGCCGGCGGGCGGCGUGCCCGUGGUGGUCAAGAUGAAGAACGCGGACUCCCGCAUGGCGGCCAUGAUGAACAUGCACGAAAAGUUCUACAACGAGUACGUGUUCUAUACGCGUCUGCUGCCCAUGCUGGCCGCGAGCGCCGCCGACCCGGCUGCCGUGUUCGCGCUGUUCCCGCGGUUCCUGUACUCGAACGUGACGCUGGACGGCGGCACGGAUGGUGGACAGCAGCAGGUGAUCGUCCUGGCCAACCUGGCGCCCACCGGUUAUCGUGCGAACAACCAGAAGGUGUUCCUGGACGUAGGGCACGUUCAGCUGGCGCUCCGAAAGUUGGGCGCCCUGCACGGACUGUCGUACAACGCCAAGGCCGCGGACAGCAGCCGCGCGGGGCCGACGUUCGCUAACCUCUGCACCGCGUCCCUGGUCGAGACCCAGUGGUUUAACGGACACUGGUACAUGAGUCCGCGUUUCUUGUCAGGAACCGGUAACCGUGGUGUGAACGCGUUGCGCGACUCGGACACGGACGGCAAGUACGCGGCACCACUGGCCCGGGUGCAGGCCACGCUGAGCGGCGAGAGCGAGACGAUGAAAGAGCUGCUGCGGCCGGCCGAGCCACUGGCCGUGCUGUGCCACGGUGACUUUUGCCGCAACAACCUGCUGUACCGGUACGACGUGGCCACCGGGCGGCCCAUGGACGUGGCCGUCAUCGACCCGGCGCAGGCGCGGUACGCGUCCCCGGCCAUCGACCUGUCGUUCUUCCUGUACAUGAACACGUCGGACGCCGAUCGGGUCGCGAACUGGGACGUGUACGUGGCCGCCUACCUGGACGGCGUCGCGGAGGUGACGCCCGCCGGCCGGGCCGUACCGCUGACCGCCGCCGACGUGCACGCCGAGAUGCGCGCGCACGGCCUCUACGGUUACGCGCACUGUUCGUUCUUCCUGCCGGCUAUGGUGAACGCCGUACCGCCCGACGUGGAGCGGCUGACCAAGAGCACGUCCGACGAGCGCAUACAGCUCAUCAACGAGUCCGGCGGACAGGAGGCGGACAGGCUGCUCGCGUCCAUCUUGCGACACAUGGCCGACCGCGGGUACGUCUGAUGACUAUCCGACGGCCGACGACGACCAGACAUUGACCACUGCGACUGCGCAAGAGUAUUGCUACGUCAUCUUUUUUUGUGAAAACCGUAUAGGGUGCGAAAAAGAUUCACUCGGACUACAGUCACAGCCGGCAAACCUUAAUUUAUACGGAAGACAAAUUUUUUUAACUCGUAGUUUUUUUUUUCUUUGUAUCACAUUAAACGAACCACUCACUUUUUUGCGUUUCGUCGCACUCCAUCUAUAGUAUGGUCUCAAUCACUACAUACAUAUGGAAUGCUUUGCCAGCAUAACAAUUCAUAAUUUGUUUACACCUUACUACUUUUGCUCAAAAAUAAUUUGUUGAAUUCUGUUUUUGUUUUUUGCUUUUAAUUUCCACGUACUAUACGGUUAUUCAAUAAUGGUAUGUUUUGUAUGCAUAUUAAAUCACCCACCAAAUUAAAGGCGGUAUCGUGUCAAAUGAAUAAAUGAGUAGGUAAAUAAAUUACAAUGAUUACCCUUUUUGUGUAAAUUAUUUUUAAAAAAAUGUAACUUUCUAAUGUAGCAGUAAAACAUGUCAUUGUCUUCCUAAUCUCCUAUAUCAAAUCCCUUAAAAAACUGGCUACAAUAUCAUUAAUUCAAAAAAAGUUACAGGUACCUAUAGUAAAUUGUUUAAACAUCCAUUAUUUGUAAUGUUCUUCAAACUUAAAUAACUGAUUUCAUAUUUGAAUGAUAUGAAUAUAAUAACAACACUGCGACACAGAAAAUAUUGUAUUUCGUAUCUUGUGUGUAUGUAUGACCAUAAUAAAUAUUACUGUAGCCUGAAUGCUGAGUGUUUCUUUUUCACGCGAAACGGUUCACACAAACAAUAUUAUUUAAGGGUGCGUGACUGUCUAUAUUACUUAAGUCAUCGGGUGUCCACUACACCGUGUCGUACCGUUCCGUAUAAUAAUAUUUAACAUGCAGGUAACAAAACGUCGGUAUAGCUGGUAACCCGUCGACCAAGUUACAUAAUAUGAUAUACAAGUGGAAUAUUUUUAUAUUUUUUACUCUACAAGACACGUCCACACGGUAUAGUGUAAGCCCGGUCGAUACUAUUAUACCUGUACAAUAUUGUUAUGGAUACUUUGAACAAUAUAUUUCAAUGUAUUAUUGUUAUAAAAGAGUACGUACCUAACACUUAUUUAAGUAUUUGCCGUUUAGUGCAAUAUCAUGACGUCUGUUAUAUUAUUAUUAUAUUAUACUUAACACGGUAAUAUAUACGACGGUGCAGUUUUCUGUUUGUUGUCUUUUGUAAGUUUAUGUUCACAGUCUGUUUUUUUUUAACGCAGCAGUGUAUCCGGUCAAACGGAAAAACCAUCCAUGAUCUACUAUCACCCUCCACUUUCAUGCUCCACCCAACGCUACAAUAACUAUUGAAACUUUUUGUCGUAUUUAUGGAAUACUGCAGAUGACGACAGUAAUAAAUAUACAAUAUUUUCAUUAUUAUUUUUUUUUUUUGCAAUGGUUUAUUGUUUUGUGUUUGAUGUUGAUGUCGUCGUCAUUAAAUUAACAUCAAAUUAUAUUAAUAUGUUAUUUAGAAGA